AUGCUUUCCUUCCUUCCUGGAUUUCAAUGCACGGCGACCAGAGCCCAGAACUGUGCAACUCGGCAGCCCUCGGGCUCUCCCUGGGUCUCGGGGGGGGGGGGGGUCCACGCAGGCUUGCAGCAGAAUGGGGGGGGGGAGGAGAGGCAGCCCGGAGCUCCCUGGACGGCGCUGCUCCCCGCGGCAUCCCGAGGGGCGAACGGGCUGGGGACGCCUCCACCCUCUGCCCCGGAGGCCGCUUCACCGUCUCGCCCUCCGCUCCUCUCCGCAGCCGCCCACUUCCUGGCCCAGGCCAAGUGCGAGUGCCGCUUCGCGCACGGGGCGGCGGGCGAGCUGCGCUACCUGGAGAGGCACAUCUACGACCGGCAGGAGUUCGUGCGCUUCGACAGCCGCCGCGGCAGGUACGAGGCCGUGGCGGAGCUGGGCGAGGACUGGGCUGCCUACUGGAACAGCCAGCCCGAGAUCCUCCAGAACACGCGCGGCGCGGCGCAGCGCUUCUGCCGCCACAACCACGAGGCCUGGGCGCUGCUCAUCGCCAUGCAGGGCAGCUUUUUCGGGGGUGGCCCCUCGCCUGCAAAAUACCUCGCCUCUUGA